AUGGCCGCCUCCAGGAUCGCCCGCCCGGCCGCCCGCCUGCUCGCCGCGUCGCGACCGGCCUUCCGUCCUGCGUUCCGCGCCGCAGCCCUCGCCCCGUCGAUUGCGCGGAGAGGAUACGCCUCGGGCCAGAAGGAGAUGACCGUGCGUGAGGCGCUGAACGAGGCCAUGGCCGAGGAAAUGGAGCGCAACGAGAAGGUGUUCGUGCUGGGAGAGGAGGUCGCGCAGUACAACGGAGCUUACAAGGUCACCAAGGGCCUCCUCGACCGCUUCGGCGAGAAGCGCGUCAUCGACUCGCCCAUCACCGAGUCGGGCUUCGCCGGUCUGACCGUCGGUGCCGCGCUUGCUGGUCUGCACCCCAUUUGCGAGUUCAUGACCUUCAACUUCGCCAUGCAGGCCAUUGACCAGAUCAUCAACUCGGCCGGCAAGAUCCACUACAUGUCCGGCGGUACCCAGCCCUGCAACAUCACCUUCCGCGGCCCCAACGGCUUCGCCUCCGGUGUCGGUGCCCAGCACUCCCAGGACUACUCUGCCUGGUACGGCAGCAUCCCCGGCCUCAAGGUCGUCGCCCCAUACAGCGCCGAGGACGCCAAGGGUCUGCUGAAGGCCGCCAUCCGCGACCCCAACCCCGUCGUUGUUCUCGAGAACGAGCUUCUGUACGGUCUCUCCUUCCCCAUGAGCGAAGAGGCCCAGAAGGACGACUUUGUCAUUCCCUUCGGCAAGGCCAAGAUCGAGCGCCCCGGCAAGGACCUCACCAUCGUCACCCUCUCGCGCUGCGUUGGCCAGUCGCUCGUCGCCGCGGAGCAACUGAAGAGCAAAUACGGCAUCGAGGCCGAAGUCAUCAACCUGCGCUCCAUCAAGCCGCUCGACAUCGAGGCCAUUGUCAAGUCGGUCAAGAAGACGGGCCACAUGCUGUGCGUCGAGUCCGGCUUCCCCUCGUUCGGCGUCGCCUCGGAGAUCAUGGCCCUGACCUGCGAGUACGCCUUCGACUACCUCGAGGCGCCCCCGGCCCGCGUCACCGGCGCCGAGGUCCCCACGCCCUACGCCCAGAAGCUCGAGGAGCUGUCUUUCCCCCAGGAGGACACCAUUGUCAACUACGCUGCCAAGCUGCUCCGCGUCGCAUAA